AAUUUUGAACUUAGUUUGUGCGCGUUCGUGGCGAGAACAACUUAUCGGCGUUAUACCCGUAGUGUUAAGCUAUACGAAUUAAAUAUCAUUUUUAAACCAGAUCAAAAGAAAAGGACACACACAAAAAAAGACCUACCAAAAAUAAAACAAAAAAAAAAUAAAACGAAAAAAAAACUAAAACAAAAAAAUGCCAUCAAGUGAUCAGCCCUGAUAAAUAUUCGCUCCUUUUUUUAAACUAAUUAAAAAAAGGAAGCGAUGGGGCCACCACUGUUAGAAACCUGGAAAAGGAAACCACGGCUUCCGUUAGCUAUGUUCGGUCUGAUAGUCGCCUCCUUUUUACUUCCAUCAAAACUAGUUAACGCAGAUUCACUUUUUCAUGAAUACACCACAGAUAUAACAACUUCAUCAACCAAUAUUUACAAUAUAAGUGGCACCAACGCAACAGAAGUGGCUAAGGAUCCUCUAUUUCCUGUUGACUUAUUUUCGCCAGAAGAACGUCGUAAUGGUGCUAUUGUCUUUCAUAUAGUGGGAGUAAUGUAUAUGUUUGUCGCACUGGCUAUAGUAUGCGACGAAUUUUUUGUGCCUUCUUUGGACGUGAUCAUUGAGAAAUUGGGAAUAACUGAUGAUGUGGCUGGAGCCACAUUUAUGGCAGCCGGAGGAAGCGCACCAGAAUUAUUUACAAGUGUUAUUGGUGUCUUUGUGUCAUUUGAUGAUGUCGGUAUUGGAACAAUCGUCGGUUCGGCUGUGUUUAAUAUUCUAUUUGUAAUUGGUAUGUGUGCGUUAUUCUCAAAAACUCUAUUAUCAUUAACGUGGUGGCCAUUGUUUCGCGAUUGUACGUUUUAUAGUAUCAGUUUGUGCACGUUGAUAUAUUUUUUUCGUGAUAAUGAAAUUUACUGGUGGGAGGCGUUGGUGCUGUUUAUGAUCUAUGUAUUCUAUGCGAUCUUUAUGAAAUGGAAUCAACAGGUCGAGCGUGUGGUGAAGAAAUGUCUCUACAAGAAUAAGGUGACCAGAGUUCGAAGCACUGAUCAACUAAUGCCUGCAGGUAAUGCGGCCAAUUCGUCUGAGACAUCAAUGGCAACACAACCGGGUGGAUCAGUGACAUCACGAGCUGCAUCCGAAAGCAGAUCAGCACAUCCAGGUUCAAGUUCCGGUCACAGUUCGAGUGCGGCAACGGGAGCGAAAUUUCGACAUGGACUGUUGCAAUUGAUGAUUCACACCAUCGAUCCACUCCAUGAUGAAAAUGUUACAGGUAAAGUCGAUGAAAAGGCUACACAGCUACACGCUAUUGCUUCCCUCAAAGUGCUGCUGGAUGCAACCAAACCUCAACGGGGAGCAGCCACGUCCACAGCUGCCAAUCAUGUUAAAAUAAAUUUAAAGGAAACGACAUUAGUUGGAGAUCGACCGAAUGGCAACAUAGACACGACCAUAGAUUCGAUAAACGAACUCGACGAAGAACCCGAAGCUUUAAACAUGGAAUGGCCAAAAUCCUGUCGAAAACGUAUAAGCUAUGUGUUGGUGGCACCAAUUUUAGUUCCAUUGUGGUUAACACUACCCGACACACGAACGCCAAGAGGAAAGAAAUUCUUCCCAAUAACAUUUCUGGGAUCGAUAUGCUGGAUAGCCGCUUAUUCGUAUCUUAUGGUUUGGUGGGCAAACGUUAUUGGUGACACAGCCCAAAUACCCCCUGAGGUUAUGGGACUGACAUUUUUAGCAGCUGGUACAUCCAUACCAGAUUUAAUCACAUCGGUAAUUGUUGCGAGGAAGGGAUUUGGUGAUAUGGCGGUAUCGAGUUCGGUUGGCAGUAAUAUUUUCGAUGUUACCGUGGGAUUACCUGUACCAUGGUUGCUGUAUGGAAUUAUUUAUGGUGAAUCAGUAAAAGUGAAUUCCAAAGGCAUGGUAUGCUCCAUUGCAAUAUUAUUUAUGAUGCUGAUAUUCGUUGUACUAUCAAUCGCUUGUUUUCGAUGGCGUAUGAACAAAGGUUUAGGCCUAACGAUGUUUUUGCUAUAUUUUGUAUUCGUUGCCGUUUCACUUAUGUUUGAAUAUAAAUAUAUAAUUUGUCCGGUAUAAGGAAAGUCUUGGUUACCAAAUUUUUUGUUAGAUAGUUCGAUUACUUACUAGAGAGAAAAAAUAAUGUUUUAUUGUUACCGUUUCUGUACCGGAUGGUCUCUCCGUAUCCAAACGGGGUGGACGAUUAAUCGGUUUUUGUAUUAAUUCAUUUAAAAACAGACACACAAAACCACUACGAAAUAUUUAAGAUUUUUGUUGGCUUUACAAAUGAAUUAAAAACAAGUUUAUUGUAAUAAGGAGUAACUUAAUAAAAAGCAAAACCAAAUCGACAUAAUAUAUAUUAAAAACAAAGUGUAAAGGGAAAAAAAAACCAAAACAACUCAGUAUAUAAAUCGACGAAUUAAGGUAGCAUUUAAAAGUAAAUAGGAUCCUCUACUGAGGUUGAGGAUUUUAUUAUUAAAUUCGUUUUAUCCGAUGAUCCGAAUUAUAAAUAACUAAGAUUGUGUAUUCCUGAACAACAGCAAACCAACAGCGAAAAUGAAAAUCUAACAAAAAAAAGGAAAACCGAAGCAUUAUGUAAACAUAUAAUUAUACAUACACGUACACGUAUAAAAUGUUAAUUUUUAAUUAAGUGUAAAGGACCUUGAAACAUUAAAGGAAAAAAAUUAGUCAAAUUGGAUGGAGAAGAACUCAACUAUGAACUUCAGAUAUGAAACGAAAUAAAGAAACACAAAAUUUUCGAUAGAGAUCUUGUAGACGAAUGAAAGAAAUAAUGAAAAAAAAACUCUAAAUAAACAAAAAAAAAAACUUUAACUAAGAACACUUUCCAUUUUGAAAUAAAAAAUUAUUAAAUUUAAAGAAAAAAAAUAUUUAAAACAAAACCCUAUAUACAAUUUUAUCAUUAUAAUUAAAAAAACGUAAUUUAAACAAGAAAAAAAAACCAAAUCUUUAACUCUAGAAAUUUAAUCCUUAAACUUAUAUAUUCUUAUACUCUACCAAUAACAUUAUAUACAAACCGACGACGAAGACGAGACAGACAGAAAAAGAAAUAUGAAAAAAAUUAACAAAACUUUAAAAAUGAUCAGAUCGAUUUGAAAACGCUCCGCUAGUUGUAUCACCUUCCGUUUUGUUGAGAAAUUCGUUUUUCCUUUGUUGUGAAGAUGAUUGAAAGAAGAGACGAAUGAAAAAAGUGUAGAAAAGUUUUCUUUGUGUCUGCUUUAAGAGGCAAAUCAUUAUUUAUUUUAAACGAAUGUUUAUUGGCAGUCAGAAACCGUUUCGAUCCGUAAACUACUCAUAAAUGUCGUGUCUAACUAAGACUAACUUAAAGUAAGACUUUGCACAAAUGAAAGUUUUUUUUAAAAACCUUCAUAAGCCUCACAUACCCAAGCGGCUUGGGCUUUCUGAUUCGUCUAAAGAUACGACGUGCAAUGUCUUUAAAUUUGUUGAAAUGUCAACCAACGGCUGACAAAGCCAUCACUAUAGGGCUACUCCCACCUGGAAGAAAAUGAUAUUUUUACGCGACGGAUUUUGAUCAAACAAAAUGCCUGUGUAUAGCGCGAGAUCUCAGGCGUCCGGCAAGGUAAUUAGUUUUUCAAUCAAUAUCUGCUGAGCGAUUCAAUCAUUCAAAUCUGUUAAUUCGUUUGUUUGUCGGUAUGCGAAAUCUAUUACUUCAUUCGUUUUAUCAUACUACGUUAAGACAUUUAUAUCCAGUGGUCAUUGAUUACAUUGUUGUUGCCGUUGCCGAUAACAGAUUACUAGCCAUUAAUCUAUUUGAGAAUCGAAAUUUUUCAUCGUUCCAUUUGACGCAUUAAAAAAUUGCUGGUUGUAAAAAGUUACACAGUCAUAAUUACAGCAUCGUUUCCGUUGAGACAUUCAUCUCCCACUUUUAUUCGAUCACUAAGCUUUAAGCUUUAUUGAACAUUGUAGUGUGCAUUGUUGGAUGAGUCGUCUUUGUAUAUAUGCAUAAUCCAUGGAACACUAGAGCCAUCAAAAUCUCACGCAAACACCAAAAUUUUCAACAUAGAGAGGCUUUGAAUGCUCUGCAUUAUUCGUCAUAUUUAAAACCCUAAAAUCCAAUUUCACAUUUAAAUAAUAAAGAACGUAACCCUAAAUGAAUAGCCAAACUUGAAAACGGAUAUAAAAAGCAUCAAAUCCAUCUGGAUUUUGGAGAGAAAAAAAGCAUCAUAAUAUUGGAUGGAACGUGUUGUGUUUAUACAUACACCAUACACCAUCCAACAACAUACAUACGAUGAAUAUCAAGUGCUAUUAUCAAAAACAGAAGUCUUUUCUGGUUGCUUUUUUUUCUAUUUGGAAGGCAUCAAUCAUCGCUUUAAAGAAUGGAGAGAAACCGAAGACGAGUAAAAAAAAUGAAUGACGGGGAGCUUUAGAUAUUUUCAAAUUCUUCUUUCUCCACCCCUCAACCGUAAAAGAAGUAGUCCAUAGUGCACGGUAAUCGUUAAAUGUUUUAUUAUCGAAAUGAUGAAAUCUGGUUGCAUUGUAAAUGAUUAAAAUAAAAAUGACAAAUUUUGCCUCUUAAAUAAUUUUCCCUUUUUUACAAAAAGAAAUUACAGUUAAUGUCAACCAAAUAUGUGUUUACAUUUCAUUCAGCUUGUCUACCAAUUGAUCCACUCAUACAAUGUGCCAUCAUACGGGUUGCAUAGCCACACAGAUGCGAAUGGUAGUGUAAUACUGUUAAGUCACUCAAAAGCAGUGUGAUUGAAUGACUGUUAUAACUGGUAGCCAACUGAAGCAAAUUGAGAGACAAAUUUGGUUAACAUUAACUGUACACUCACCUCAAAAUAGUUAGCAAUAAUUUCAUGUCUUUAGUUGGUUUUCUUAAAUUCCAACAGUUUCACUCUGUUUCAAUGGUUUCACAUUGUGCCAGUCGCGUCACUCUAAGCGUGCGCUCAUAAAGGGAAUCAUACAAACGAAACGAGUGGAACGUGUGGGACUAAGAAAAACAUAGAUUCGUAUGAAUAUUACUAAGUAUUUUGAGGUGAGUGUAUUUUCCCGCGAAUUUUUAAAGUUUGGAGUUGCACAAUUUCGGCCUAUAUAAUUGCGAAGUGGUAAUAUUGAAAAUCACUUAUUUUAUUACAACACUGAAACAAAACAAAAAAAAACUAUUUGUUAGUAAAAGCGCUGGAGAUUCAUAUAUAAUAUGCGUUAGAUACAAUGUAUAUCGUUGACGAAAAGAAUUUAGCAUUUUAAUAUGAGAGAAGUUCAUUAAAAAGUUGUUAAAUUGAAAACUAAAAAAAAAUUAAAAUUAAAAAAAAAUCUUCUCCUAAUGCAUAUCGUUUGUUGAUUUUUAUUAUGUUGUUCCCAUCCGGAGAGCAUAAUAAAAGGAAAAUGUUUUUUGUGAUAAUUUGGUUGAAUUUAUUAUAAAAGUUUUUAUUAAUUGAUAAAAUUAUAAAUUUAAAAGAAAAACCCUGGAUACGACCGACAAUUGAAUGUUGUGUAUAUUGAUUGAAAACAUAUAUAGAGAUUCUCGCUUGCAAUAUAUGAAUUCCAUUAAUGACUUUAAUUACAUUUUAACAAGAAAAGAAAAAGAAAAUCUUUAACUUAUAAGGACACUAUAUAAAAAAUCCUUCUUCGAAAUAUUAAAAUUUAAACAAAAAUCUUUCGGAAGUACAUAUCGUAUUUUAGUUUAAAAAAAA